GCAGUCUGCUAGUACCCACCGACGUGGUAGUGUUCAGAAGUGAGUGUUGUGUAAAAGUGGCUAUUGAUAAGGUAUCUGGUUAAGUUACUAGACAAUAUGAAAUUGUGGUUAGAGUGGCGCUGUGCUCAGGAGAUGGAGUGGCCAGAGGCUUCAUAACAAACGAGAGUCGCAGCGCUGCAGCCUUACAUUCAUCGCCGCCCUUCAUGCAACCUUCCCGGGAAGGCCGCCCUGAUGUAACUGAACGCGAUGCUUGCGGAAUAUCACUCCUCACUUCAUUACCAACGCACCGCAACCUCGGAUUGUUGAUAGUGUGCGGUGUGUGCUCCUGUGUGUGUAUUUGAGAGCAGUGGAUGUGAUGGUGGAUAAGUGACAGAGUUAUCAGUGGCGAUGUGAUGUCAUAGUGGAUAAAGUGACAAUUAUAGUAAGUGGCGAUGUGAUGCGAUAGUGGAUAAGUGACAGUUAUCAGUGAUGUGAUGUGAUAAUUGUGCACGUGCAAGAUGACGCCAUAGUGGACCUGGUACACCUCGGGCCACUAUGCAGUCUUUUCACUCUUCCAUUACGGAAAUGAAGUGCCUGAGGUACACGAAGCAGGAUCUGUGCUUCGGCAAGUACUUCAAGGCUGUAAAUAAAAUCGGAACAAAUGUACUGAAGUGUUCAUUCAGACUCAUCUAUCAGAGUCUUGAGAGCAACAAUGGCAACAUGUCUAUUCGGAAUUAUUGUCUAUCUCGGCUAAACUGGUCCCACAGCACUUACAAUAGGACUUUCACUACUGCUGAAAGACAAACACUGAAUGCGUCACCGCUUAGUGACACCUUUAUAUGUGAUAUUUCGUUGUGGUUCAAGAUAUUCAUUCAUGUGCUUGGUACAUAUGUGGAACCCAUCAAGAAGGACAUUCGAAAGCUGAAGAAUUUAAGGAAUGCAGUGUGCCACGAGGACCUACAAAUGGACGACCAAGAACUUCUGCAACAGCUGAUGAAGCUCGGCGAACUGUGUCGCGAAAUCCUGGAGGGCGCUCAGUCAUUGGUUGAAGGUGAAUCGAGAGCCUCUAUGAAUAACAUGAUUGCUGAAGUGGAAGUUAUUCUGCGGGACCUUCCGUUGAAACUAGAGUCCGGAGAUAUAAACUCGUACCUUGAGGACUUGGACGAUUACCGGCAAAAGAAGACUUCCAAGAUGAUCAGCGAGGGAAGGAAGGAGUUGAUGGCUAAUUAUUUAAAGAGGAAGAUUCUGAAUCCAUGUCCAUGGCUCAAUGAUAGUUGCUUCUCUGACUUUACUGUAGAAAGCACCUUCACCUCACUUAAACUGCAGGAAAAUGGCGCCGUGGUGCCCAUGAAUGACAUUCUCAACAUGUCUGAGCUGAAGCACCGAUUUGUGCCGCGGCUGGUGAUUGUGAGUGGAGUGAUGGGGGCCGGGAAGACAUCACUCUACCGCUACCUCCUCCACCAGUGGUGCAGCCACUCGUCCAUGGUGGCAGGUCUCACUGCAGUGGACAUUGUCAUCGGCUUGGAGAUGAGAUGGGUUACUAGCGGGUCACUUGCACAAUUCCUGAGAGAACAGCUACUGAAAGACACGUCCAGACUGUUCACUGAGAGUGACAUCAUCCCUGUGCUUCAGGAAAUUAAUGUUCUGUUCGUCAUUGAUGGCAUGGACGAAGCCACAAGCCUUGGGCGUGCCGUGCUAAAGGAAGUUAUUACGAAGUUUACCAACAGUACAAUUAUUGUCACAACAAGACCAGAAUUUACCCUAGAACUAAUGAAAAUGGCUGAAGAACAUGUCGUUCUUCACAUAGAAGGCUUUACUUCAGAAAAUCAAGAGAACUUUGUCAACAGAGUAUUUGCCAUCAAGUAUCCUGAUAAAAGGCGCUUCAUAAAGGAGGCGAGGUCAUUCUUGGCCUACAAGAACAAUGUGUGUGCUUCUCUCAGCACACACCUGUCUCUGCCCCUCAAUCUCGCCCUCUUGGUGGUGUUGUGGUGCGACGAUUACCUCAAAGUUACUUUUGUCAACACCACCACGCGACUGUACUCUAAGAUAUACGAGAUUUCACAGCAGAAGCUGACACAGCGGCUGGAGAGUGGUGGAGUUGGUCACAGCGCCACAGUCAGUUUGAAGGUCCGCCGCUGCCUCAUAGAGCUUGGUCGUGUCGCCUGGACCAUGAUGCUUAGAGAGAGUCUUUGUCUUACUCAGGAGAUAACUGUUAACCUCAUGGAGUUCUGUGAGAGAGAAGGUCUUGAUCCAAUCCAAGUGCUUUCCACUUUUCUGAACUCUGAGACCAGAGAGACACUGACGACCUCAGUGUGCAACUUCUCCUUCCACCACAGCUCCAGCGAAGAGUUCUUAGCGGCCUUGUAUGUCAGCGAGGAGGUAGCGAAGACAGGCUCUCUCUUUCCUUUAUUAAAAGACAUCAGUUCACCAAGGUUUCAAGAUAUAAUCAUGUACACCACAGGACUUUUGAAACUAAAAGGAGCUCUCACACCUUCAAUGGUCACAGAGAUCAAGAAAGUCUUGUAUCGGUGUAUCCAAGCACAGAUCAGUGACCCACAAGUGUUACACCGACUGAUACUGGAAGCCGAAGAGGACGCUGCUGUAUGUAAGAUGGUCAGUUUCAUUGUCAGGGCAGAGGACUUAUGGGUCAUAAAUUCCUGGGAUCCUUUGGAGCUGAUUGAAGCCAAGAGAAAUCUGAUGAAGAAAACCCGUACAUCUCCCUCACAGGUGGACAUUUACACGCAAUAUACUAAAAAGUUGGAGGAAUGCAGCAAUCUUGAAGAUAUAAUAAAGUUGUUGGGAAAAAUUAAUGGAAAUAAAGUGAGAGUCUUCGUUGACCACCAGUUCCACACCGUUGGGGAAAAGAUUCAAGUUAACAACCUCGCAGUGCCACUCCUGACCAACAACACCCUACUGGAGUUUAUGGGUCACGCGGAUUCUGCCUUCUCAUCUGAGCUGGUCCAUGCCACGACACUUCAAUCCCUCAGUGUCAGAAUAACGUCCGUGGAGGCUCUGGUACACAUGAGUCUCAGCAUCAAGAAGCACAGGGUUCAGAAAGUUUUCUUCAUGCCCUCCAGAAAGUGGUCCCUGAGGUAUCUCGAGGUAUUCCUAGAUAUAAGUCAUACUGUGCCUCCGUCCGACCUGCCAUCUCUGCAGUUCAGAAAGACUCUAGUAAUCAAGCUUGCGGGAGUGACUGAUGAAGAGGCCAAGUGGGCAGGGCAGGUGGUGAAAAGACUGAAUGGACGCUAUGCAUGUGUAACGCUCCAGUCGUCCUAUCUUUCUCACAAAGGCCUUAAACAAUUCUUGAAGGCAAUUGAGGGUGUGAACAUCAAAGUGUUGCGUGUGAUGUCAUAUGAGCGAAAUUUGGAGGAAGGGAUCUGUAAUGGCUUCGGCAGGCGAGGCACGAAAGUGGAGAUGGGAAUUCUCUAGAUUGUGCCACCACCAUUGACACUUGCAGUGUGGAGGAUGGGGGGAUGAGGGAGUGAGUAAAUGAAUGUAUAAAUAUAUAUUUUUUUUUACAAUCUUGUAUUUGUUGUGAGCAUCCUGAAUAUAAAUCUUAAAUGUUUGAUUGGGGAAGGGGGAGAGGGAUCUUAUUCUGAAUAUCUGUGGAAAAUUAAGUACAGGAAACCGAUUUUGACGGAUUUCAUACGAAAAUACGUCAUUCUUGUCCAUCCGGUGUGGGAGUUUCCGAGGAUGUAACGAAAGGCUAGUGAUAAGUAACACAGAAACCUCAUGUACUGUACCGCUCAUGUUAGUAAGCUGUUUGUGAACUCUUAACAACACACAUCAUUCCUUUGCUUCGUUUUAUCAAUUUAUUUAUCUUUAUGUAAGUGGGGACAACUGACCAAGGGCAAAAAAAAAAAAAAAAAAAAACGCCCACUUAGUUGCCAGUCCCCAUAGAUGUCCGAUAGAGUUAGCCAAAAGUAAGGGAAAAAAUGUCUUGAGAUCCUCUUACUUUCAUUAUCUAUGUUACUGCCAGUCUCAGAACAAUUGCCUAAGAUGCUGCAGCUUUAAGUGAUGGCUUUUUUUUUAUUUUCUUCAUUCAUAAUCACUCUUGUCGUUGUUAUAGUCAUCAAUAAAAGGAGAUGAUCUAAAGCAGAAGAACGAUGUAUUACACAAGUAUGUAUGUAAAGUAAUUACACGUAUUAAUACAAGAUAGCUGAUUACUAUUCUCUCUCUCUCUCUCUCUUCAGUGCCUCCGUAAUGAUUUCGGCUCUCCUAAGUAAGCUGACGUCUGGAAAAUUCAUAGGGAAAAUUAGUAGAUUUCAGGAAGAAUAUUAAUUUCUAACAAUAAUGUUUAGUUUGAAUUUAGGCGGCACCGCAGGUCGUGAGGUGGAUGACUGGGAUUGGCUAGCUACGGUACAUGCACACAUUGAUAGUCUUAUUUUCGGGACUAUAAAGAAAAUAACCUGUAAUAGCAUAAAAUAAAAAUUCAGUCAAGAUAAAUGAUAGAUGAUAAUGAUAAUGAUAACUUGAGUGGUUUAAGCCAACACGGUAGAUUCUUUUUACACGCUGAGAGUAUAAUUCCGAAUCUGAAUCGAACAUGAACACUCGAACACACCGAAGCGAAGCAAAGAAAUAACAGCACAUGGCUGAAUAACCUGCUUGUACUGCAGGAGACGCAGAUUUGGCCAUUAACUAAGUGCUGGGUGGCCAUUUCCUCUCAGAAUUGAAGAAAUCUAUGGAAAGUUUAAAUAGUGUAAAUAGUGGAGUUAACUAUUCCCUUGACGUGGUGACCGUGCUGUUUGUUUCAUGAUUCUGUCAGCAGGUCCGAGGUCUGAGGUUCCAGCCAGCGCCAUGAGAGGACAUCUUCACACGGUCUACAGAUGCCGUACUGAGAACACAAGGCAUAUUAUGACAUGGCUGUACAUGUGAAAAGGAGGAAGGG